GGAUAACCUCUUAAUUUGUUUACAUUUUGUAGGUUAUGUCUACUCGUUUUUAAUGUAAAAUUUAAAUUAUUAAUCUAUAAUCAGAAUUUCUUGUAUUUGAAAGCUGCAAAUGGCUCCAGACAGUAUGGAAGUGGAAGUAACUGAUAAUACAAAGUACAAAGAUGGUGUAAAUAGGAACGCCAGGCUGAUCGUCAGAAAUAUAUCAUUCAAAGCCACUGAAGAUUCUCUGAAAGAUCAUUUCUCUCAAUAUGGGACUGUUGAAGAGGUGAAACUUUUGAGGAAACCUGAUGGGAGGCUGGUUGGGUGUGGUUUUGUACAUUAUACACAUGUACCUAUGGCUAAUGAAGCCAUAAUUGCAACUAACAAAAAACCUUUCUUAGAACGUCCCAUUUAUGUAUCAUGGGCAGUUGCAAAGCACAAAUACACAGAAGAAGCAGAUGAGAAGAAACCGAAAAAAGAAUUCAGUAAUUCAACAUCCGAAGACUUCACUAUUGUGAAGAAAGAAGAAUCAGGCUUAGAAAAUGAUAAAGGAGCAAAGGAAGGCAACAAAAGCAGGAUAAACAAUAAUGCUCGACUCAUAGUUCGUAAUGUCUCUUUCAAAGCUACAGAAGAAACAUUGAAAGAACAUUUUGAACCAUAUGGGUCUUUAUUAGAAGUGAAAUUGCUGAAGAAACCAGAUGGGAAAUUAGUUGGUUGUGCUUUUGUGCAUUUUAAGAAUGUACCGAUGGCAAAGAAGGCACUAUUGAGUACAAAUAUGAAACCUUUCUUAGGUCGUCCAAUAUCCGUGGAUUGGGCAGUUGCGAAGAACAAGUACAUGCAGCACAUAGUAAACCAGCAAUUGGAGAUGCAGGAAGAUGUAAAGAAAGAAGACUCUGACUCUGAUGAUGAUGGACAGCCUCUGAACAUAUCAAAUGAUGAUUUGAAGCAGGAAAUUAAAAGUGAGUCAGAUGAAGAUACUGCGGAAGAUAAAAAUUCAGAUAACGACAGUGAGUCUGAAAAUAAUGAAUCUGACGCAGAAGAUGCUAGUGAUGAUGAUGACGAUGAUAGAGAAGAUGACUCAGAUAUGGAUGAUCAGCAAAGCGAGACCAGCAUGGUGCCAGCCAAGCAACGAACAAAACUAAAUGAUGCAGAAGAUGGGUGUACGGUGUUCAUAGUAAACAUACCAUUCUCCAUAGAGAAUGACCAACUGAAGCAGUUUGCAGAACAAACUGGUCCUGUCAAGUAUGCACUUGUAUGUGUCGACAAAAUGACGGAGCACUCUAAAGGAACUGGAUUCGUAAAGUUUGUUAACAAAGAAGAUGCAGACAAGUUUCUAUCUCUCUCUGCAGACCAGCUCCGUCUUGAAGGCCAAGUGUUGCAAGUGAAGCCGGCGCUCAAGAGGGAGAACCUACAGAAGGGUGAUAAGAAACAACCCAAGGAUAAUAGGAACUUGUAUCUUGUUAAAGAAGGAGUGGUGGUGGCCGGAACUAAAGCAGCUGUGGGCGUGUCUGCCAGUGACAUGUCGAAGCGGCUUGCAUUGGAACGCAGCAAAACACAAAUGUUGAAGAAUUUGAAUAGAUUCGUAUCCCGCUAUCGGAUUGUUGUCUCGAAUUUGCCACCGAACUGUGACGAUGCGCGGCUGCGGCGACUGAGCGCGCAGGCAGCCGGCAACCGAGCCAUCAUCACCGAAGCCCGAGUCAUGAGGGACCUCAGAGCUGCGCCCGACAGGACUGGGAGGCAGCCAUCUAAAGGCUAUGGAUUCGUGAUGUUCAUGCGGCACGAGGACGCACUCAGCUGUCUCAGGAAACUCAACAAUAACCCUGAGAUUUUCGACGCCAAUAACCGACCCAUCGUAUCCUUCUCAAUUGAAGAUCGAACAGCUCUGAACGCAAGAAAGAAACGUCUAGAAAAAUCUAUCGCGAACAACCCGUUAGCAAACAACACAGACAACAAAAAAGGUAGAAAUAGGAAACGGAAAAUGGAACAGCCCGAUGAAAGUUAUAUGAAGAAACGAAAGUUUGACAAGAAAAAAGAAAGUAAUGGAUUUGAUAACAAAAUUAAUAAUACUAAUGUAAACGAAAACAGCGGUGGAAAAUACGUUAGAAGACCGCGAGAAGAUAUCAGUGAAUAUACAGGCUUGACUGCGAAAGAAGGAAGUCAGCAUAAGAUGAGGAGUAACCACAAACUAAAGAGUCAAGCGGAAGUCCAUAGACAAAAUGUAAAAUUGGAAAAGAAGAAAAAUAAAAGGAGUAUAAGGUUGAAGAUGGCGAUGAAGGAAAGAAUUAAGUUGCCGAAACAAAAAAUAAAUAAAGCUCCAGGAAAGAAACAUAGGAAGAAAGCUCCGCACCAUAAGACUGGCACCCAGAACAUCAAGUAGACAUUAAAUGCAAAUUAGUGUUGGUAAUAUAGUCUAAAAUAAAAUGAAAAAGGUUAGUCACCAAAACAA